CAUUUAUUGAAAAACUGCAACAUGACCCCAUAACAACAACAUAUCAUGAACACUAAACCACGGAACAUAAUCCGGGAGCUAGAGGAGCGUAAAUACCAGACAGUAGCAAACUACCCCUCCGGUAAAAUAGUCCCCCACCUGCUUCCCACUAACUUCUCCAUCCUAGACAGAUACGGACAGGAUGUGUACUGUGGGGAGUUCUCCAAAGACGGCCGGCACUUCAUGUGUGCGUGCAAGUCCGGUGAGAUAUCGGUAUAUAAAGUGGGCCACAAGUCCAUGGACAUCCUCAAGACAUACGCUUGCCGGGACAUCCAGUGGAGUAUUAUUGACUGUAAGUUGAGUCCUGACAGCAGGUUUAUAGCGUACAGUUCGUGGAGUGGAAAUGUUCAUCUUCUUCCCUUCCAGAGCAGUCCAAAUAGCUCCAAGAAGAACACUGAGAUGUACCUGAGUCUCUCUGAUCACCAGUCCUACUACUCAGCUUUCUGUGCGUUUGGUGUUUCUUUCUCUGCUGACAGCCGCGAGCUGAUUGCCGGAACUAAUGAUGGGAGGGCGAUUAUAUACGAUCUUCAAACUGGAGUCAAGGCAGUUUCUAUCGAUAAUGCUCAUAUAGCAGAUUUAAGUGCCAUUACUUUUUCUAAUCAAACAAAUCACAUAAUAUACUCCGCUGCAGAUGAUGGCAUCCUGAAAAUCUGGGAUCGCAGAAUUUUGAGUGAAAGUCAUCCCGAGCCUAUCUCUGUAUUUGUAGGACACCGACAUGGUAUAACAUGGUUGGACUCUAAGGGGGAUUUCAGGAACAUAAUAACAAACAGCAAGGACCAAACAAUAAAGCUGUGGGACACAAGACGUCCUUCUAAGUUGAGCGACUUGAAACAUGCUCAGAAAGUAGUGCGCACCAACUCCCAGUUGUGGGAUUACCGUCAGGUGCGGCCCAGUCUGCGUAUAGACCAGUAUCACACUUACGUGGACAAGAAACGGUCCCAGUUCGACCCCAUAGAUGUGGACGACAGUGUCCAAACCUACACAGGCCACACUGUCUCCUACACUCUUAUCCGAGCUAGGUUCUCCCCUGCUUUCUCCACUUUACAGAAAUACAUAUACUCCGGGAGCUCCACCGGCCAGCUGUUCAUCUGGGAUAUAUUGAGCGGGGAUGUGGUUCACAAGAGCAAGCAGGGACCAGGGGAGUGCCACAAUAGUAUUGUGAGAGAUGUGUCCUGGCACCCGUACGAGCCCAUGAUCAUGACGUCAUCUCUGGAUCACACUCUGGGAUGCACUCAGUACAGGGACGUUAAGUUGGACUGUGACCGACGGGACUCACCCGGCCGGUAUGAGGAUGAGUACAUGGAUGAGGGGAAUUACUGGCUGUGAGAGAGUUGGUUUAAAUUAAAUCGUUUGGAAGGAAAUAAAGUACAGUGAAACUGAUGUGGUGUGAGAAGAAUGUCAAGUGCAGCUUCCUUGUGUGACCCAUGGUCUGUAGAGCGUCUUUUGUAUACUAUGGUGGUCUUAUCAAAACCGAUGAAGACAAUGAAGUAGUGCGACCAAAGACAGAUAUCAGAAGAAACACGUCUAUGUUGGUAGUAAUUUAUACACGUGUCCUGUGAAAAGGUAAAUAUCAAUGAUUUACGGUGACCCGGAAUGAACACAAUUGUUGAAAUGAUUAAAACCAGGUUCUUAGUGACCCUUAAACUGAUUUAGGUGGAUUUAUGUAAUUUAUUUAAAUUACUGUAAUUGAUUUAAAUCACAUGGGCAGAAGCUCUAGCUGUAUACUACAAGUCCUUUUUAAUUUGUUGUGUAUUUUAUCUCUGGAGAGAUGAGAUUGUUAUUAUAAUUAUAUACACAGGUGGGUAACUAGAAGCUUGACGAGUAAAAUUUCUUUCUGUUAAUAAUUCACUUUUUAAAUUCCAACUUUGUUUUUCAAAAAAUGUAAAAAGUGUUAUUCUCUCCAUUCAAUCGUCUUAGGGAUCUUUCACAUAUUACGCAAACAAUAGCUUUGUGUAAACGUUGUUACGGAGGAGGGAAGUGGGAAUGACCAAAAUCUGGCUAACGUAAUGUGUGAAUGAUCCCUUAGGGAAAAUCUUUUAAUCGGAUCUAUAUACCGAAUGGAACAUCCCAAAUGUCAAAGCUUUCAUUAAAUUUGAAGCUACGUAUUGGACAAAUAUUUUAUUAGACGCAGUUCAGUGUAUUUUAUUUCUUUAGUACAUAUUAUAAGUUACAUUAAAAACUUAUCAAAUAACUCUUAAGGGUUAUUAUUUAUCCUGAAUGGUGUUAAAUUUCAUUAUAUUCUCUUUUUGAGUUACUCUAUUUAAACUUUACUUUUGA